UACAACACAGACUCUCUCAACACACCACCACCACUCCACCCAUCCGGCCAACGUGCACCGUUUGUAUGGUCCUCCGCCUCCCACCCACUCUCGUUCCCACUCGUCUCCAGUCCGCCCUGGGGCUGCCCGCUCCCCGUUUCCCCGCUGCUGCUCCGUCACUGCACGCCUCGCCCGGUAGGACGCUCCACAUCCCGACCCACGGCGCUGCCCUGGCCCUUGCCAGUGCUGCUGCUGCUGGCACUGCUGCUCGUCAGCUUCCGCAAUCAUAUCACCCACCCACUCGCACACGGGUCCCCUCAGCGCCCUGUCCAAUGUCGCUCCCAUGUCACCGCCCCCUCACGCCCCGAAUCGCUCCUCAUCCCCCGCAUCGCUGAGGACAAAUGCUUCCCACUCCUCGGCCAAUGCCGGUGUCCAGCCCUACCCUCUCGACUCCUCCCCUGAACCAGCUCCGAAAAGGCUCUCUCAGACGGGUCGCUCCAGGACCGCUCCCCUACCCCCGGAGCAAUGCUGGACUGCCGCUUCCGUCGACGGUCCUCAGCUCUCGGAUAGAGACAGCAUCUUUGCAACCACCUAUCGACCUUCUGACAGUCCAACUCCCUCGCCCCAGCUGUCCGCCCGCCACGACGACCCAAUUGACAAUGUGCCCAGUGACGAACUUGCGGGCAUGGCAACGCCAAAGGCUCCACCGGGGAGACUGAUGCAGGCACCUCCCCUCCGCCAGCACACCUCUUCACGGACCGUGACGCUGGAGGAGCACCAAGGCCUUCUUUCGACGCAUUUCAACUCCCAAAAACAAUUUGGCUCGCCACCCAGACCCUCACACAUCCGGCACAGUCCCCCUCCAUUCAUGAGUCCCGUUGACUCGCCCAUCCAACGACCCAUCACGCCUCACGACACCACCAAGAUACCCAAUUCACAGCAUCUCUUCAAUUCGCCGACGGACGAGCAAGAGCGUGCCAAGUACAGGUCAUGGAGGGAAGGCAAUGCCGAGUUUCCGCACAGUAACACCGUCACACACCAUACCCACACCCAUCAUCACGACCAUUCGCAUGUGGAUAAGAAGAUUGAGGCAACGCUCACAAAGGCUGAUCACCCCACCAGUGCCAGGAGCAGGAAAGCAAGCCAUUAUUUGCGCGUGUUCAAAGAGAAGGACGCUGCCGAGGAGAAGAAGAGAAGGGAAGAGCGGGCAAAAGGUCGCCAUCACGCGGAAACACUGCUGCAUACCGUACCAGAACAAGGCAUGGAUGGAUCGGAUAUCAAGAAGAGAAGCUAUGUGCUGUCCCGACCGGUGUCCCUCGUCCACUCGCCGCUCAAAGGUCCCGCAGAGUCGUAUUUUGAGCCCGUAUCCCCCUCAAAACACGGAGCAAGCAAGAGCUCUAUAGCAGCCGAUACGGAUGCGCGUGACCAUUUGGUGGAAGCUCCUCCGAAACGGCGGUUGCCUCUACAGCUUCUCGAGCAGAUCCGAAGCUUUGGCAAUCUAACUCCCGGCGCUGACGGAGCGACCUCUAGCCUGCCCGCAGCGGCGGCCGAGAAGUCGCAGAGAACCAGCACCGCAUCCAAUCCUAUUUCGAGCGCAGACUACUUCCAUUACAUUCCAGACGAGCGCCACGAUCAGUCCCCUGGAUCGGAGGAGGACGAGUCCGAGAAGGAACACAUCUCCUCGGCCCUAUACUUCCCCCACCGACAAUUGCAAUCUCCUGCCCAGACGCCGCGUGAGGAACGGGAAAAGGCGGAUUGGGAAGGCCUUGGUAAAUCCAAAUCAAUCGCGACAGGAGAAAAAGUAUCGCAAGGAUGGCCGACGGGGCAGCCUGUGAAAACGCCCGAAGAGGUAGAAAUUUCUCUACAGUCCCAAGAUACAAAUCAAUGCCUGCAUGGUGAUAUGCCACCGACUAGUCCCUUGCCCAAGGAAGAUGACCAAUCCCUGGUUACGUCCCCAGAACUCACAACAGCCGAAUAUGACUAUGAUUCGGUGGCUGAGUCCACACGUUCCGUUACGGGCGAUGAGUCUAGCGCAACUGAUGAUUUAGGCACCACUCCCACUGCGACCCCACGCAAGAAAGCCGCGAGGCCUCCGCUGACGACUCAGCCACCCGCUCCACUUGGUGCGGUGGAAUUGAAGCCGUAUGACCAUCAAGUGGGUGGCCACACAACCGUCUACCGCUUCUCGAGAAGGGCGGUGUGCAAACAGCUCAACAAUCGCGAGAAUGAAUUCUACGAGACGGUUGAACGCCACCAUCCAGAUCUGCUUGAGUUUCUGCCAAGGUACAUCGGUGUGCUCAAUGUAACGUACCGCAAGGCGCCCAAGCGGAAGAAGACCAAUCGAGACGAGGCAAAGGUUGACCAUGGUGCUUCCGAAGCACCGAACCACACCACUGCCGCCGCCAAGGUCGAAUCGAACGCUGCUGGCAAUGAGGAGAAGGGCAAAGACGGAGCUAGAAUGGUUAGUCGUUCCCAGCAAACCAUGCCCGUUCCUCAGGUCAUCUUCGAGAACAAUCGCCAUAUCAUUCCUGAAAACUUGUUUCGAUGCCCGCCCCGCUCCGUGACCCCCGAUCCGUGGACCGACAGCUCCAACCUGUAUCAAUACCAGCACAGAAAUCAGAGUGACGUGGGUGGUCUGGGUCGCGAGCAGAAGACUUCACGGCCGCGAGUCCAGCAGCAUAGCAGUUGGGGCGUAACGACCAUCAACACCAAAUUGCAAGAAGAGGUCCUGCGGCAGGUUUUUGCUCCUCCGCCGAUCCACCAUCGUCCUCGACAUGGGCAUCACCACCAUCAUCGUCCUAUACCCAGAAAGUUACGUUCGGAUUCCCAAGGCAUUGCUGGUUCUGCACCGUCUAUGAGAAGGAACAGUACCGAUAUUCCGGAGCUGCAUGCGCAGUUCGGUGAUGAAUCUCCUCGGAAGCAGGUACUUCGAGCCGAGGCGUACCGUCACUCGAGUGGCAUUAAGAAUGCCGAUGGGCAACCCACUUCUAGUAGCUUGACCAGUGUCGAGGAACUUCGUCCGCCACCUCCUGCUGUCCCGCGUCGUCGUCAUUCGGGUGGAGGGCUGACACGUAGGCCCUGUGGCGUGGAUUCCAACAGAAGGUCUAACCUGGAGUUCUAUGAGGAAGACGGCUACGGUGGUGAUGCAGAAGAGGAAGUUUUCGCUAUGGACGAUGACUGCAAGCCUGCACCGAAGCCCCACAAUGGGGUCAACGGCCAUACGCCAGCUGAGGCGAAGCCGGAGCUUGCGCCGCACCCUGAUAACACCUCGACAGGGAGGAUGCUUCCUGCCCCAGUAGCCCCCAGAUCCAAAUUGGCCGUGCCGGAAAGCCGUGAGCCGGUCAAUCCAAGGCAAGCUCAACAGCAACCGGACGAACGUGUACAGCAUUUCCUUCUCCUCGAGGAUCUCACCGCUGGCAUGGAAAAGCCUUGUGUGCUAGAUCUGAAGAUGGGGACACGUCAAUAUGGGGUCGAAGCCGACGAGAAGAAGCAACGGUCGCAGCGCCGCAAGUGCCAGAUGACGACUAGUCGCCAGCUGGGCGUCCGGAUCUGUGGCAUGCAGAUUUGGAACGUCAAGACGCAAAGCUACGUCUUUGAGGACAAAUAUUUCGGUCGCGAUCUCAAGGCGGGCAAGGAGUUUCAGGAUGCGCUCAAGCGCUUCUUCUUCGAUGGCGUAGGCUACCAGGCUGCCCUUCGACAUAUUCCCGUCAUACUCGAGAAGCUCAGCGCAUUGGAAAGCAUGAUCCGACAACUACCCGGCUAUCGGUUCUAUGCCAGCAGCCUCCUCAUGCUCUAUGACCGCGAAGGCCGCACGACCAAGGACAAUGACGCUGGCAACGGUAUUGUUAAGUCGAGCGUGGAAGACGCAUCUACCGGCUCGACGACACCGAUGGCUACUGCGAAGAAGUACCCGGAAAUCAAGCUCAAGAUUGUCGACUUCGCCAACUGCAUCACCGCGGAAGACGGAUUUCCUCCAAAUGUGUCGUGCCCUCCGCGCGACCCCGAGGGGGUUGACAAGGGAUAUUUGCGGGGUUUGAGGUCACUGCGCAUGUAUUUCCAGCGUAUCUGGCGGGACCUCAAUGAGAAGGAGUGGGUUGAGCGAGGAGAAGGCGAGGGAAUGUCUAUGGAUGAGAGGGGCCCCGGGCUGGGAGAAGUGGGGAAGGCGUGGAUCGAUGAUCCGGGAGUGGAUGACGGGGAUGUCAGUGUUUGAGGGGGAGGUGUGCGAUCACGAUCAUUGACAUGCGCAUAGUCUGCGGUGAGUGGCACGAGGUUCGUUGACUCUUACUUCAAACCGGGAAAGGAGGAUACUCAGGGGUAUACCACUUGGUUGUUUUGCAAAGCAUCAUCUUUUCUUUCCUUCUUCUACUCUGUCCAUGGUCAUGGUUUACGACGACACCUAGACUGCACGGCGAGCGUUGGUUUGGUUGGGCGUCUGGACGCUCUGCUUUGGUCGAACUUUUGAGAGACUGGCUGGCUUUUUUUUCCUUUUUCUCUUCUUCCUUUUAUCGCCGCCAUUGAUAUUCCAUUCCUUGUUCGUCCUUGUACGACCAUGUGGGUUCCGGUUGGGGUUUUUGGAUGGAUAGACGGGACUACCCAGUUUGGCGCAUAUAUAGCGCACAGGGCAUAGCGCAUAGCGUAGGGCGCAGUUUGCUGCUGGGGGGGUGGCUGUAGAAUGAGAAAUGAUAGCCCCAAGUUAAU